AUGGAAUCGGAAUGUUAAUGUUUCGUUACGUUACGGUUACGUUGACAUUGUUUGUGUUUGAAUCUAAGGAUCGAUUGUUGUUUUCAUUUUGAAGUGCCUUUAUGUAACAUAUAAUGUUAUCAUAAUUAAAGUUACAUAAUGAUUUUCUUAUCAAGAGUAAUUAAAACUGCGCUUAACAAAAGGCUCAAUUCUGUUAAGCCUCAGGGUAAAAUAACUUCUACAGUUUACUUGUCUAUAAUGCAUACUUCUGACGUACAACAUUUAUCGAGAUUGGUUUUCAGGAAAUCGGUGCUCGCAGUAAAUCCUCCUGACCUAGUUCAGCGUGAAAUUUUAGUGUUAAAUAGUACACUGCACAUAAGGGAACAGUGCUAUCGCUUAAACAAAAACUGUUAUCUUAUAGGAUUCGGAAAAUGUGUUUUAGGCAUGGCAAGCAAAGUGGAACACAUCUUGGGAAAAGAUCUUCAAAGAGGUAUUAUUAGUGUUCCUAAAGGAUACAUGACAUCCAACAGAUUAGAUGUUAAUGACUUGUCUGACAGUUCUCGAAUAUCUAUUUUUGAGGGUGCUGAAAAUAAUCUGCCUGAUGAGGGCUCUGAGACCGCUUCUAAAGAGAUAAAAAAGUUGGCGGAAAGUUUGCAAGAAAGUGAUAUUUUGAUAGUUCUGAUAUCUGGUGGAGGUUCUUCUUUAUUAUCCUUGUCAAAACCUCCAAUAUCCCUAAGGGAGAAAUUAGAGGUUAUCAAAUUAUUGGGUAGUUCUGGUGCCAACAUAGUUGAAAUGAAUACUGUCCGCAAGCGACUGUCACUAGUUAAAGGAGGAGGCCUUGCCUCAAUAGCAUAUCCUUGUAAAAUGGUAGCCUUAAUUUUGUCAGAUGUGAUUGGAGAUCCAUUAGAUAUUAUAGCUAGUGGUCCGACAGUGGGGAAUCACGAUCCGGACGAUGCUGCUAUUAAGAUAAUCGAAAAAUAUGAACUUACUGAUAAAGUAUCGCUGUCAGUUCUGGAUGCAAUAAAAAGACCAAGUGAUAUAAAUCAAACUCUGGCGGACCAUGUUCAAAAUGUUUUGAUCGGGAACAACAGAAUUGCACUAGAAGCUGCGUCUAGAGAAUGUGCAGCAUUUGGUUUCAAUCCUGUCAUCAUAACGGAUUCAAUAAGUGGUUUUGUAUCAGAGGUAGCAGACUUGUACAUGAGAUUAAUAUCUUUGUUGUGUAAACUUCUUCAGGAGAAAGUUGCUCUUGGUGACUUUAUAAAUGAAAUAAAUCCUAUAUUGGAUCAUAUGAAGGUUGACAAACAUGUUAAAGAGAGCAUUUAUGCUUAUGUUCUUAAUCACGGUACUGAAGCAGAAAAAUUUUGUCUAAUUUUUGGCGGAGAACCAACUGUCAAAGUCACUGGCGAUGGAUUAGGUGGUCGUAACCAAGAGUUAGCUCUAAGGAUCGGAUCAAAGUUGUACGAACAUGAAACUAAUGAUUCAGAUCUUGUGAACUGUGAUGUAAUAUUCUUGAGUGGUGGCACAGAUGGAGUUGAUGGGCCUACAAAUGCAGCUGGAGCACUUACUUACUCAGGGCAAAUAAAACAUGCGAUAGAAGAAGGCAUUGAUCCCCAAGAUUACCUUCGCAGGAAUGAUUCACAUAACUUCUACCGUCAUUUCAACAAAGGAAGAGAUCUCAUUGUCACUGGUCAUACAGGUGUAAAUGUAAUGGACAUACAUCUUUUGGUGGUUCAGAAAAAAAUUGGAUCAUUAAGUCCGCUAUGAUUCAUUCUGUGGGAGGGAAUCAAGCCGGAUUACUGGAGCGUCCAGAUUAUCGAGGGCCAAAUUAUAGAGGGACUACUUAUUGAAUUUUGAAGCAUCGUAAGUAUUGCAAUUAAUACUCCUCUUUGCUGUCCUAACUUUUUGCAUAACCGGUAAUGAACAUGAUUGGGAAUUUUAUCACUUGCACAUUAUUGUAUUCAAUUUGGCUGUGUACCAUCUCAAUUUUGGUGCAUCAAUUAAUUUAACACAUGAUUGUGGCCUUCUUCCUAUAUUUUUAAGAUGCGUCUUCUACGUUUAAAGAGAAAAGAGCGUUUCUAGAUUAAAUGAAUGGUUGUGAUUUUUGAAAGAAGCUGCUAUUAGAUAUUUUUUAAAUUCAUCUGUUAAUUAUUACUAAGCUCUGCUAGAUAUUUUAAUGUAACAUUAGCAUAUUUUUAUAAUAACAUUUUAUUAUGAAAACAAAUUAUUCAAAUUAAGGGUAACAAAAAUAUUAUAGAAAUAAAAUGUGUUGUAAUUCUUUUUAAGUUUAACUUGCCUUAAGAUUUUUGUCUUCUCAGAUCAAAGUGCUGUUUAUUCUGCCAUUGUAUAUUGUUAUUGAAAUUUCUAAUUUGUGAGCUGUACAAGAUUUUUAACCUCUAUAAUAUGAACAUAAGACAUUUUUAUAGCCUACUACAACGUCUUUGCAAUACUAGAAUUUCCCUUUUGUGUGAGCAUUCUCACUUCUAAAACUCAGUAGUAUUACCUAAAAACAUUGAAAUACAUUUCUGUACCUUUGCAUUUUUAAACUUGCCACUUGAAAAUUAAGAUAAUUUUUAACAUACCUACAUUAACUCCUCAUUAAUAAAAACAGCCAUUUAACAGCAAUCUCUAAAAAUUCCUACAGCUAUGUUAGAAAUGUACCGCUGUUCUCUAUGAAUUUAGUUGUAUGUGUAGGCGUGACUUAUGGGAUUUUUUACAAAAUUAGUUCUGGUAUCUAUCUACCAUUUUUUAUUAGUUAGGCCUAUGUUUCAAUCAUAGAUGAGUUAGUCAGACAAUGCGUUAUAGUACAAGAUUGAUGCAGAUGAUGCUUGCAUGCAAUCGAGUAUUGCGAUACUUAGAUAUCAAACCGUUUGACCAGACGCAGUGUCGUGUGCACAAGACAAUUUGUGUGAUUGUGUAAAAUAUUCAAAAUUUGCACUUAAAGAAAAAAUUAAAUAUCCGAAUCACAAACGGCAAUCAGUGUAAAAUUAGAGUAAAACAGUAAAACUGUCUUACAAAUCGUUAAAAAAACUGCUACUCUACCUCCAAUUUUAAAAAAAUUUCAGAGGGACAAACUCCAUAACCCUCCGGAAGGUCUGACAUCCCCAUACCUAAGACCUUGGACAUGGCUAUGGUUGCACAGCAUGUGGUCACUGACAAAAUUGUUGUUGCAACAGUAUGAUAUUGUCAUUGUUACAUAAAUAUUAUUUGACCUUGUUAUUAUUUGUUGUAUUCAAACCGUGGGUUGGAAACGGUCCCUCUCGGACACAGGCUCCACAUUAGGCCAGAGAAUCAGUGUCCGGUGACACUGAUGGUAUAUUUGACGGUUAUGUGUGUUUAUGGAGAAUUCAAUUCAAUUCAAUUCAUUUAUUUCCACGGUAACACCAUUUUACAAAAAGGUACACUAAGUAGGUUUUAAGGUUUUAGCAGACAUUUUGAGAGACUAGCUGGUGUAAUGGUUGACUGCGUGACUUAGGUGCUCUAGUUCAAAUCCCACCAAUUACUAAUAUAUUUGAUGAUGCUGCAGGCUAGGCAUAGAGUCUAGAUUGAAGUAAUGUAAAAACGAUUCCCACGCUAGAGCCUAGUUAAAAAGUGUUAAUCAAUUUUGAAGCAUUCUAAGAACGUUCUUGGCUACUUACCUUAUACCCCCAAGCUUAAUAACACUUGUUACCUCGUAAUAAUUUCAAAGUAGCACUGCUUAUCUUUAUUUUGAGAUCAUUUAAUUUAAUUUGGACUUUAAUAAUCUAAAUGACAAAUAAACCCCCAAUCAUUCAGUAAUGGGGGUUAACUGGAGAUAUUUGAUAAUUCAGUGCAUAGAAAAAAUAUAGUCAGUCAGUGAGUCCACUUAUAUUGAUUUUGUUUUAGUCAUAAGGAAUCAAGCUGCUCAAUGACUUGUAAAACUACAACUGAUUUGUGAUUUAAGACUGUAUUUAAGUUUUUAAAUUGUAUUUCCAUUUCCAUAUUUUUUAAGUAAUCUAAGUAAAACAUAUUUAAAAUUAUUUUGUAUGUAUAUAUAAUAUAUUUGAAAGAAUUCUGCAAUGUGCUAGCAGACUUAAAAUAGGUUAGGUGAGGUUUACAACUUUAUUUGCUAUGUUCCAUUAGCUCAGAGCACAGAAUACCAUUAGCUACGGGUUAAUAUAAUGUUGCUUGUUGCCUUAGAUGAAGAAUAUUAUUCCAGGUGCAAUUUCCAUAUUAUGGUAGCAUUAGUUCUUAAAAUCUAGAACGUUAACACUAUUUAGUGAAAGUAAUAAUUACAUACUUGAAGACUUCUAAAAUACUUCCAUAUUUUUUUUUUCUUUUUUACUUAUUAACAGUUAACGAGAGGUCGUCCAGUGGUCGAAACUCGACCAAAAAUAUGUAAUGUACUCACUUAUCUAUUUUCACCCCACACUGUAAAUAAAACAUGUGAUUGGAGUUUCCUCCAUUUGUUUUGAUUUUCUGUUUAUAUUUCGUUGUUAUUUCGUAACCAGCAUAGCAACGCAUAAGAUCCAUGUUAAUUUUUUCAAAUUUUUAAACUCAUUUUUGUGCUUAUCUUUGAGAAUAUUUAAAUUUAUAAAGGGAUUCUGCACACCUACAGGAAAAUAGCUUUCCAACGGUAUGCGUAGAUUUUCCCUACGAUUCACAAGAGCUGAGAAAAAAGGUUUUAAAGAAACAUGCUUGCCUAUUAAUAUAUAGAUAAGGUAGACCUAUUUCAAAUAAGCUUAGGCCUUCAACAUUUCCACUUUAUGCCAAUAAUUGUUAACUUUGGACAUAACUUUUCAACUUUUUAAAAAUUACAGUGGUGUUUGAAGUAGUUGAAAACAUUUUAGAUUAAAAGUAUUUUCCUCUUGUAUUGGGUAUCAUGUAAAAUUUACCACAUAUAAGUUAAGUUUUUGCAAUAAUAAAAAUAAUGUCUACUGUCUAGUUCUAGUUCUACCAAAAGUUGUGAUAUGACAAGACUGCUUUUUUUUAGUUACCUCAUAUUACUUAAGUAAUAAUAAAGUCACAAUGAA